UCAUGUUCUUAAUCGUGCCCAAAUUAUCGAUGAUGCAUUUCAUUUAAUGAUAGCAGGCCAACUUAACUGCCAUAUUUUCUGGGAUCUCAUAAAAUAUUUGCAUCGAGAAGAAGAUUAUGUGGCAUGGUAUCCUAUGUUUAAAGCUAUUGAAUACAUGUAUGGUACUUUUCCAUGGAAAAAAAUGGUUGGAAAUGUUACGUUUAGAAUAAAGCACGCAUUAUACAUGGUACUUAAAAAAAUCAAAUAUGAAGAAAUUGAUGAUACAGACGAACUUAGAAUAUGUUUACGACAAGAAGCUGUAAGAUGGGCAUGUUUUCUCGGUGACAAAGAUUGUAUGAUAAAAGCGAAAAAUAAAUUAGAACAUCAUGUCCACGAUCCUACAAAACACAAACUUUUGCCAUGGUGGCAGGAAUGGACAUAUUGUAACGGUUUGAUGAUAACUAACAACAAAACGAUUUGGCGAUUAGUGUAUGAUAUAGGAUAUGAAAAUUUAAUCCUAAAUUUAUACAAUAUUUAUCUUGCCCUGAUAAUGCUUAUAUGACUAGAGACUAUUUACGAUUUAAAUCUAUUACAGAACGAGAAAAUCAAUAUGUUCUUACAUACAGUCUCUUACAUAUUAUUACGAAACAUGCUAACGAUCAAACUACAC